AUGGUCAAAUCCCCAUGGCGCAAGUUGGCACUUGCCGCUUCCAUUGUUCUCCCAGCGGCUAUACAGGCUAUUGACGUAUGCCCCGGAAGAUGUGUGGAAGCCGGCCCAAGCUCGGGCAACUGGUCCGUCUAUCCCAACUUCAACAUAAUCAAGAGGUGCCAGCAGACCAUGUUCUAUGGCUUCUCUCUCUACGACCCUGUCGACGACCCCGAGUCCACUCAUCGCAUCGCGGCUUGCUCCUCCUAUGGCACGGAUUUCAACAACCUGGACGCGGAGCCGGUCGCCGCCAGGCUUCUUGACGCCGCCAGCCCUGUUGAUGUCAAAUUCAAACUCGGCUGGUGGCACGAGGGCUUUGGUCUGGCCAAGGCCGCUAUCCGGUCGCUCGUGGCGCAAACUCGCGAGUACAUCGACAACGGCCAUGGAGCCUCGGAUCGGCCUUUCAUACUCUACGGCCGGUCUGGACAAGCAACUGUCGGUGUCUACAUUGGCCGUGGUCUGCUGAACCAGGGCCUCAGCGGGUCAGCCCUGCAGAUAUUUGAGGACAACUUUGACACUCUCAAUGUCACCACACCGAGCUUGGCCAUGCAGCUCUGCAGCCCUGAUUACGAUGGCACCCACAUCUUCGGCGUCAUCGUUACCAGCAACGCCACCUUCGCUCCUAUUCAGAACGCCAUCAAGUCCUGGGCCAACGCCACAUGCCUCUCCUUUGCGGAUUCGCAGGAAUUCCCCGGCAAGGCCACUUUCACCACGCCCCUUCUCAACGGCACUGUAAGCAACAACUCGACUACCAGCAACUCGACCUUCCUCGCUCGUUCCAACGCUCUCGAAACGCGGGCCGACUGCAGAACUGUCCAAGUCGAAUCGGGUCAGGGUUGUGCAGAACUGGCAGUUAAGUGUGGCAUCUCGGGUGCAGACUUUGAAAAGUUCAACCCCGGCAUCUGCAGCAAGCUGAAGCCAAAGCAGCAUGUCUGCUGUUCUCUUCCAGACUUCAGCCCCAAGCCCGGGGCGGACGGAUCGUGCUUCGCGUAUGAUGUCCAGCAAGACGACAACUGUGCCAACCUCGGAGCCGAGUACAGUCUGACAAACGACGACAUUGAGAGCUUCAACAAGAACACGUGGGGCUGGUCGGGCUGCGCCAUGCUCUACACCAAGACAAAGAUGUGUCUGAGCAAGGGAACGCCUCCGUUCCCCGCCCCGAUCGCCAACGCUCAGUGUGGUCCGCAAAAGCCGGGCUCCAAGCCGCCGACGGACGGAGGGAAGAUUGCCGACCUAAACCCGUGCCCCCUGAACGCCUGCUGCAACAUUUGGGGCCAGUGCGGCAUCACAAGAGACUUCUGCAUCGACACCAACACCGGCCCGCCGGGGACAGCCAAGAACGGGACCUACGGAUGCAUCUCCAACUGCGGCGUUGAAGUGGUGAGGGGCACAGGAAGCGGCGCCAUCAAGCUCGCCUACUUCCAGGGCUAUGGUCUGGGUCGCAAGUGCCUCUACCAGGAUGCGCUGCAGAUUGACACUUCCAAGUACACCCACCUACACUUUGGAUUCGGCACCCUGACGCCUUCCUAUGAGGUCAAGGUCGGCGAUGCACUUUCUUCAUACCAGUUCAACGAGUUCAAGCGUGUCAGGGGCGCCAAGAGGAUUCUGUCCUUUGGCGGCUGGGACUUCUCAACCUUUCCCGACACAUACUUCAUAUUUCGUGAGGGUGUUAAGCCAGCCAACCGUAUGAAGAUGGCCACGAACAUUGCGAACUUCAUCAAAACCCACGAGCUGGACGGUGUCGACAUUGACUGGGAAUACCCCGGUGCACCAGACCUUCCCGACUUUGACCCUGGCAAGGCCGAGGACGGUCCCAACUACUUGGCAUUCCUCGCCGUCCUUAAGAACCUCCUCCCCGGGAAGACCGUCGCUAUUGCUGCGCCUGCCUCGUACUGGUACCUGAAGCAGUUUCCGAUCAAGGAUAUCAGCAAGGUCGUCGACUACAUCGUCUACAUGACCUACGAUCUCCACGGCCAGUGGGACGCACAUAAUCAGUAUUCCCAGGAGAACUGCGACACGGGCAACUGCCUCCGUAGCCAGGUCAACUUAACAGAAACAAGAAAGGCGCUGGCUAUGGUCACCAAGGCCGGCGUUCCUGGAAACAAGAUCGUCGUCGGCGUCACCAGCUAUGGUCGCUCGUUCCAAAUGGCAGAGGCGGGCUGCUGGGGGCCUGGCUGCAAGUUCACGGGUGACCGCCUGACUUCCUACGCAACACCUGGAAGAUGCACCGGCACCGCCGGGUACAUUGCCGAUGCCGAGAUCAAGGAGAUUAUCAGUGGUGGCGGGGCCAAGCGACAGAGCCGCGUGGUGACGCAUUUACUCGACGCCAGCAGCAACAGCGACAUCCUCGUCUACGACAACAACCAGUGGGUCGGAUACAUGAGCGAGAGCACCAAGGCCGUCCGCGCCAAACUGUACGCAAGCUUGGGCAUGGCAGGCACCACAGACUGGGCCAGUGACCUACAAGACUUCAACUCCGUUCCCAAGCCGGCCAAGGACUGGGCCUCCUUCAUUGCGCUGGCGGCGAGCGGCAGCGACCCGAAGGAGAGCACUACGACCAUCGGCAAGUGGAAAGACUUCACCUGCGAGACCGAUGUCGUUGCCGAUCCGUUCAGGGUGACACCUCAGGAACGCUGGAAGGCCGUGGAUGCGGACAGCGCGUGGCGUGAGGUUGUCUCCAAGUGGUUCAGCACCGACAAGGACCAACACCUGACCUUCUCCGAGUCGCUCGAGCGGACUCUGAAGUCGGGUGCCUCCAAGCGCUGCGAGUCAUUGAACGGGCAAAAGGACAACUGCGACGAGUUGAUCGAUUGUCCAAAUGGCGCCAACGGUGACAAAUCGGGCCCGGCGGCGCAGUUCGUCUGGAACUCCAUUAUCCAGAUCCACAAAAUGUACCACACGUAUCGAACGACUCUGUUGCAAUUGAUAGGACCCUACGCAAACGGUGGCGAUGAAAUGGAGGACACCUUUGCGCCCAUUCCCGAGGAGAAGACGAACCAGUGGCUAAACAUAUUGAUUGAUCUCUUGACGAUUGGGACCCUCGGCGGCGCUGGCCCCUUUUUCAACGGAUUUCUCAAGACGCUGCCGGCCUUCACGGACUCCAAGACGUUCGACAACACCAAGGACACCGUUCUGAUGCUCAUGGGCCAGACUACGACGCUGGCAAAGGACAUGCUUUCGAGUCCAGAUCAAGAUCCCUGGACCCCUCAGGAGCAGAACAACUUCUCCAACUACAUGAACCAGGUCAUCUUCGGCUGGAUGAAUGCCACGGAAUACACCCUCGGCAAGCUUCUUGGGGGCGAGAAGGAAUACGUCACGGUGCUCGGGAACCUCAUGUCGGAAGGCAAGCUCAUCGUCGGGGCGAAGAAGGGUGACUCUCAGAAAGACUCCACGGCCGGCGAAAUAGAAGCCAAUCUCUUCAAGACCAUCUAUGGCUAUUCCAUCCCUGCCCAAUGGCGACGCUCCAAGACGUACGCCUUCGUUCUUAACUCUGGUGAGGGCUGCAGCGGCAAUCCCCUCAGCAAAUAUGUCGACGACGACACCGCAGAGGCCACCAAAGUCUGUCACGAUGGCACGCUCUACUACCUCGUCGACCCGAAAGACGACGCCCGGAUCUGCGAGUGUAAGCGGGUGACUGACGUGGGUCCCUGCCAGACCACCUGCCGGGACAACAAGUUCUCAGUGCCUGUAGGCCUGGACAGACUUGGCGACUUUGGUGGACUUUCCGUAGCCGAUCUCGUCAAGGGCUCUGUCAACACGUGGCGUCACAACAACAAGGAGAACAAGCGCCUUAAUAUUACACAGAUGGCGCUGGAGAAGUCAACCCAAUCCGACCUGCUCGAUAUCAACAUCCAGACUCCGGGGUUCGUUCAGCUUCCCGUCUGCAGCCCCGACCGCGCAUUCCAGUCCUGGGAAACCGGCAAGAAGGGCGGCAGCGACAACUACCCCUGCGACAUUCCUCCCGGCAAGGACCACUGCGGCGAAUCUCCGUUCGAGAAUCGUGGCAGCGAUACCUCUCCCAAAGUGGAAGACUGCAAGCAGAUCAUCAAGAACAUUGAGGGCGAUGGCUCGACCGAGUUCACUCACCGCAUCACCGGCCACCGCGAGAUUCUCGACUUCGGCUCGUGCCACUUUGGGAUUGAGCGUACCGGCGGCACCGGCGGCGCGGUAGAGUUUAGGGUCGGCGGGCAGGAUGUCAUUGAUGUUAUCAAUGAAUCCAUCAAGCGGUUUGGCGGCAGCGGUAGGAUUGGUGCCCAGGGAGUUAUGCCUUGCUCCGGCACGACGGCUGGGACUAAGGUGAACGUGGAAUGGGGCAUCUACUGA